AUGAUUACGAGUUGUAAUUUAUUCAAAUCUCUUUCAAGUUACUCUCCCUUCUUCGACGAUUCUAUUCAGCUCUCGAUCGAGGGACAUUCCGGGUCUGAGGAUGAACCCAUUGCUCUUGUUAUUGCGCAACACGAGCUUGUCAAACGAAUACCAGCGAGCGGCCGGCCGAAGGAUCUACUCAAAAGUGGGCUUCAUGAGCCACGUUAUGUUUGUUAUCGCGUCUAUAGAACGCAGGGCGCCAUAGUUCUAAAGACAUCAUUCGAUCCAGACGACAAUUUAUUGGGUCGCAUCGACAGGUUUUCCAUCGCGCCACCUCAUAACGUUUCUUCCCUCAAGUCCCGAAUUGCCAACAUUGAAGGAAUAACCAAGAAAAUUAAAAUAUACAAAGACACUGAUGGCGAGGUAUUGUUGAGAGAAUUUGAUGCUGUUCCCCUUCUCGCUGAGGUCUACCCGGGCUGUAACGUGGAGAAUCCCAUAGCGGUUAUCUAUGGGGAAGAAGAAGACAGAAUAUGGUUUCUCGGAGUGGUUUGGGAUCCAACAUUUACAAAGCCAUUUAGGGCCGAUUACACAGAUAUGCCUGACGAAGAAAAUCUUGCGUUAUGGCUCCCAGUAACUUCUGGAGAAAUAUUUUACACAAACGGUAUCAAGACCAUUGAAACGUAUCUCAAGACAACAGAGUCAUACCUUCACCGGUGGCCAUAUAAUGGUAACUAA